CUAAGACCAUGUUUAUCGCAAAUCCUUAACAAGAUUCUUAAGGUAAUAAACUGAUUUAAUUAAAUGUAAACAAAAUAAAAAAGCAAUUAUUGAUCCUUAAGUAAGGGUUUUGGUAACCGGUUUUUAGGUGGGUUUUAUUCCACGUGUCAGCAUACAAAUACUCCUUUUUUUUUCUGUGGCAGUUUCGUUGUCUCAUGUUCUCCGCAAGAAAAACGAUCGACGAGUCUCGGCGUCUCCUCCUUCUUCGCUCGUCUUCGCCGUUCGCUCGUCUUCUCCUUCUUUGAUCAUCAUCAUCAGGUGGGUUUACCGGUUCUGGAUUAGCGGAGCUGAAGCCGGGGCUUGUGACAAUGGGUUGCGUCUCCGAUCUCGCUUGCAAAGAGACGUUCUCAGGCUACAGUUCAUGGCGCAGUUCUGUAGAUCCACGAUUCCGAACAAUUUCGAAUCUUCUAGCCAUGAACAAAGCCAUGAAAGCGAGUCUGAACUGCUAAGGUUUGAAGAUGAAGAGGUUGAAGAAAGCUAUCAGAGGCUGAGGGAAAGGGAGAUAAGUCGUGCAUAUUUGCGUGACUGUGCUAAGGCUUACUGCUCCACCAUGGACCAUACUGAUCUCAUCCCACGUCUAUGCUUGAUCAUGGUUCAAUGGAUUUUGCAGAGAGAAUACAGGAGAUGGAAGUCACAAGAGCGGUCCAUAUGUGUCACACGCAUUGUCCGUAUGUGUCACAAAAUGUAUAUAUAAAGUCUAUUUUGUAAAGUCACAAGAGUUAAAACAAUGAGUUUGUUGUCUAUAUAAAGUCUAUGCUUGUUAUUCACCAAGUUAAGCACAAACGAUUUUGUAAAGUCUAUAAAAACACUCAUUCUCUCA